GUCAGACUUUGCCGCGCCCAUGACUGUGUUUUUCCCAUACAAAGUAACCCUUUGCUCCGCUAUUUCCGACAGACUCUUCUUGCCACACUCUCUCCAUUUUAUCGCCAUCACUGCUUUUAGUUGGCUGUACCCCGUACUCUACGGAUAGGUACUCAAAAUAAAGUUUGUUUUGUUUUGCUGAGACACGAGUCAUCGUUCUGUAACCAACCCUAAGGCGCGCCAGUCUCAGAUUUCUCAGAUCCAUUCGAGACUGACUGACGAAACAACAUCGAGAGAGAGACACACCCUGUAACACACUCCUGUCUUGGUCCAUGCGUGCAUCAUCAUGACCAAUCAACCGAAAAAGGGGCCGAAGCUGCCAGCCCAGCAGCUGGCAAUCCUAGCCGUUGCUAGGUUUGCCGAACCCCUGGCCUUGACUUCCGUCUUCCCCUAUCUCCCAGAGAUGAUAGCCAGCUUUGGCGUCGAAAAGAACGAUGUUGCGAGAUGGGCGGGCUUCACGGGAGCUAUCUUCUCCGUAGCUCAGAGUUGUACUGCUGUCGCUUGGGGGAGAGCCUCCGAUAAGUUCGGCCGCAAGCCCAUCAUUCUCUCCGGUCUUGCUAGUACUAUGGUGUGCUUUCUGAUUUGGGGCAUGUCGACCAGCCUCCCAAUGGCCAUCACCAUCCGUGCCAUCAUGGGAGGCGGUAAUGGCAAUGUUGGUAUUAUUAGAACCAUGGUAGCAGAGAUGGUGCCAGAAAAGUCACUCCAGCCCAAAGCAUUCUCCCUUAUGCCUCUCGUGUGGAGUAUUGGUUCCGUCUUUGGCCCUGCCUUUGGCGGCUUCUUCGCCCGCCCUGCCGAGCAGUACCCCGCCCUCUUUGGUAACAUAGAGUACUUCAAGCGCUAUCCUUUCGUUUUGCCGAACCUGAUGGCCUGCUUCGUGUUCUUUAUCUCCUUCAUGACCGGCUUGAUGUUCCUCAAGGAAACACACCAUAGUAAACGCCACAAGCGCGACUGGGGCCUAGUCUUGGGCGAGAAACUAACCCGUUCUUUCAAGCCGCCAAAAACGAAGGCUAAGAGGAGAAGGUUGUCCUUUGUCGACGACGAGGCAUCAGCGCCCCUGCUAGCCGAGUCGGUCAUGUCCGGCUCCGAACAAAGCGCCGUCAAGGAUGAGCCCGUCUCCAACCGGGAGAUCUUCACCGCCCAGACGAGCAUUAACCUCCUGUCGUACACCUUCUUGGCUCUCCACGCCGUCGCCUACGAUCAGGUGCUCCCAGUCUUCCUCAACUAUCCGCGCGUGAUCCCCGACGAGACCAACACCCACCUCCCUUUCAAGUUCAACGGCGGCUUCGGUCUCAGCUCCGACAAGAUUGGCACCAUCUACACCGUCUACGGCAUCGCCUGCGGUGUCGUGCAGUUCCUCCUCUUCCCGACCCUGUGCGCCCGCUUCGGCGUGCUAAACUGCUACCGGACAGCGACCCUGGUCUUCCCCCUAAUCUACCUCCUCACCCCCUACACCGCCCUCAUCCAGGACACCACCACCCGCUACGUCGUCUUCCUCACCAUCAUGCUGGCCAAGGGCUUCGUCGUCAUCAUCGGCUUCCCCUGCACCACCAUCCUGCUCACCAACAGCGCCUCGUCGCUCCGCAUCCUCGGCACCCUCAACGGCUUCGCCACCACCUUCAGCGGCCUCGGCCGCGCCAUCGGCCCCGCUGCCGCCGGCGCCGUCUUCAGCUGGGGUGUCAAGGAAGGGUAUGCCAUUGCGCCGUGGUGGAUGCUCGCUGCCAUUGCGAUGGUGGGCGCGAUACCGCCGUGGUUUAUUGUGGAUGGGGAUGGGCCGACAAGGAGUUUGGGUGCUGGUGCGGAGGAAGAUGAUGAGGAGGAUGAUGAUGAAGGGAGAGGAAGGGAGCGGGAGAGUUUGUUGAGGGGGAGGGGGAGGGGAAUGAUUUCCGAUACUGAAGAGGAUGAGGAUGAGGAUGGGGAUAUUGCGGUGUCGGAUUCGGAGGGGGAGGGGGUGGUGAAGAAGAGGGUCAGCGGGAGAGGGAGAGGGUAUGGAACGGUGGGUAAUGUGUCGAGAUGAGUCGGGGAUGGGGUUGUGGAUGUGGAUGUGACGAGGGGGGUGGUAUGAGGCAUGAUGACUGUCGUGACGUUUGACGAGCCACAUGAGAGGGGAUGUGUGUUGAUGUGGCGGUAAUUAUGGGUGUAUCUUUGCAUGAGCGGAGUAAAGGUUCGGGCUAGGCGUUGGGUUGGGAAAACUUAGCUGUAUAGGUCAUUUACGAUUUGAAGGAUGGUAAUAAAAGUAUAAAAACGAAACUGCCUGUCUUCUAUAGCUGCAAUAUCAAGACACUAGUAGUUCUG